AAUUAAAAAAAAUUCUUAAAAACUAAUUUAAAUAACAAAACAUUUAAGUAAAUAUUCUCAAUAAAUACCAAUGACAACAAUAAUACCUGUUUGGUAAUAAUACGCAUAUAAUGAAAAUUGUUUAUAUGAAUCAGUCAAGCAUCAUAUGCGCAAGUCAUACAUAUAUAUAUAGGAGUUAGUUUCUAUAAAUUGGGAGUUGUAAAAUUUACAACCAUUUUUGUUAGAAGGAUAUAAUUUGAGUAGAGGACUAAAACACACCAAAAGGCACCCAGUGAUCACCGGAGAACCUCUCAAACUCUCGAUCAAUUAUGUAAUUUCUACAAACAGGACCACUUCUUACUCCAGCCCUUCCUCGUUUUCUUGUUCCCUCACACAAUUGCCUCUCAUCAGGUGUUUCUCUGUUUUUUUAUCUUUUCUGGCUUAUUAUUAUCUUUUAAUUUUUAAACUUUGACUACGUUACAUAUUGUGGCCUAUUAAGAUGAGUCAGUUCAGUACUAUCUAUCACCCAGAAAGUCGAAGCUUAUCACAUUAGUCUCUAUUUUUCUUUCUGCUUAUUUAUAUGCACAUUCUUGAUAAGUCAGAUAACUAAUGCUUAUGAUCUUAUUGUACAAAUUUCCAUUUACGUUGUAGCGGUUUUUGGGGUGUGACUCACUUCGAAUAAUCAUAUAACUCAACACAGAAAAGAGGAUGGCAGACUUGGAAAACAUGCUUCUUGAGGCAGCUGGAAGGACCAGUUCUCCGGUGAGAAAGCGGCACAAGUCUCGGAACUCCAAAUCUAAACGUGAGGGUGGUGCGGCAUUCUCCGAUGGUGGAAGCCAUUCUAGAGAAGAAGACUCUGAUGAGGGUGCAAACAAGAAACCACAGAGGUAUUCAUCCCAUGUUCCACUGAAGAAGAGAUUAGACGUCAGCAGAAGAAGUAGUAAUAAUAGUAUUCGCAAUGAGCAUGGUGGGGGUGACUUGGAGGAUGGAGCUCCUGAUAGAGAUGGUGGUAGCAGUGAAGAAUCUGACGUUGGCAGUGAUCUCUACAAGAACGAAGACGACAAACAGAAGCUCGCAAAUAUGACAGAACUUGAAAGGGAGAUGAUUUUGUCUAAUAGAGCAACCAAAAAAUGUGAAAAGGAAUUCAAAGAGAAAAUGAGAUCCAAGAGAGAAAACAAAAAUGCAAGUGCAAAGACUGGUUCUGCAGCAAAUUCAUCUCAUCAUCCAUCAUCUGCCAAGGUUCGUUCCUCGGCUAGAAAUGCUGAGAGGACGGCUUCUAAGGGAGAUGUUCUAAGUGAAUUGCGCGCGAAAAGGAUGAAGCAACAAACCGUAGACCCUCAUGAUAAAUUGGGAAAGGCUUCAGGAUCAGGCUCAAGUAGCAAGCAGAAACCUGGGGCCACGGCAAGUCCAAGUAGCUCUAGUCAAAGUGAGAGUGUUAUUCGGUCUGACAGUGAAAGAGACUCGUCUGAUGAUGGUGGAUUGGGUGACAGUGAUGAUGACAAGAACAUUCAUGAAUCAAGGAUGCCAAGUUUUGAGAACAUAAGGGAAAUCACCAUUAGGAGAUCAAAGCUCGUGAAGUGGUUGAAUGAACCAUUUUUUGAGGAGUUAAUUGUUGGAUGUUUUGUGAGAAUUGGCAUAGGAAAGUCAGAAAGUGGACCUGUUUACAGGCUCUGCACAGUGCAGAGAGUUGAUGGAGGUGACCCAAAUAAGCAUUACAAGGUAGAGAAUAGAGUCACUCACAAGUAUCUAGUCUGUGUGUGGGGAAGUGAGAACUCUGCUAAAAAGUUUCAGGUGGCUGUAGUUUCAGAUUCUGCACCCUUGGAGAGAGAGUUCAGACAGUGGGUUAGAGAAGUUGAAAGAACUUGCAGCCAAAUGCCUAGUAAGAUGAGUGUGUUAGAGAAGAAGGAGGCCAUAAAAAGAACAAGCGCUUAUGUUUAUUCAGCCGCCACGGUGAAGCAGAUGCUAGAGGAGAAAAAAUCAGCCCCAUCUAGGCCACUGAACAUUGCAGUGGAGAAGGAUCGUAUGAAGAAUCUGUUGGAGGUUGCAAAGUGUAAGAAUGAUGAAGCAGAGGUGGAUAGGAUCUUGAGAAAGCUGGCGGAUUUGGAAGCAUGUCGUAAAUCCCGGGAGACUGAUACCAAGGCUUUGAGGCUGGCUGAGAUGAACAGGAAGAACAAGGUUGAGAACUUCAAGAACUUGUCUGAGCAUAAACUGUCGAAUGCCAAUUUGAAAGCUGGUGAGGAAGGCUAUGAUCCCUUUUCGAGGAGGUGGACAAGGUCGAGGAAUUACUACGGCAAAGAUACCGAAAAGAAUGAAGAAAAAGGAGAAAAGGAUGGUGAAGUUAGUAAGGAGGAAGAGAAGGAAGAAACAGGUGUUACAACAAAGGUUGGUGUUGAAGUCACAGAAUUGGCAUUGCAAGCAGCUGCUAAUGAAGGGAAGUUGAUUGAUACCAAUGCUCCUGUGGAUGGUGGAACAGAAUCAAACAUGCUGCAUGAUUUCGACUUGCCUAUCUCUUUGUCUGAACUCAAGAAUUUUGGUGGACCACAGGGUCUCAAAAAUGGAUUUCUGGCAAGGAAACAAAAAAUAGAAGCAACAGUUGGGUGCCGGGUUUCUGACAAUGAUGGGAGUAGGCAUGCACUUACAUUAACUAUCAGUGACUACAAGAGAAGAAGAGGACUUCUGUGAAGUUCCCAGAUUUAGUUUCUGAAGGUUAUACUUUUAGCAUGUAGAUAGCAAAUAAGAGGUGACCAAUUUUAUUUAUUAAUUUAACAUAAGUGAUGCCUUUUCUUUGGCUAUUCGGCAGGUUUCUAAUGUUUUCAUGCUUCUGUUUCCAUGAUUUGCUUACAUGUGUUGUGUGGUUGGGAUGUACAUUAUGUAUUGAAAAUAUAUCAGCGGCUAAAGGUUGAAUUCCAUGUUUGAUAUCA